AUGAGAUUUGCAACUACCAUCCUCACGCUCGCCCUCGCUGCCCUCACCAUGGCCACUCCCCUCGCCAACCCCAGCCCGGUUGCCGAUCCCGUCGCUGCACCCCAAGUCACCCCUCCACCAGUCGACAAGCCCAACUGCCGGGACUGCGACAAGAACUUUACCAAGUGCCGUCUUUCCAAGUUUUGCUUCUUCCACCCUCAGGCUUGUGACCAGACUUGCCGUGCGAAUACCUGCCGCCUGUUUGACGGAUUCUGCAAGGCCAACUGCGGCUACACAAACUGCUAG